AUGCAAACUUUCCAGGAAACAGCUGAAGAGUUACUUGGUUCGAAUAGUGAACGAAUUCCACCCGAAGAUUUUGCUGGGAAGUUGGAUAUUGCUCGAAAGAAAGCUUAUGAGACCUAUGAUUCUAUGCAAAAGUAUGGGAAGAAAGAGACAAAGGCUUUAGAGCAGGAAAGCUUCAGGAAAGCUUUAAAUGAAAAGAUCAAAAGUAAGAUCAACCACCAUUUGGCUCGAUAUCGAGAUGUGUUAUUCGUGGAAGCUUUAAAAGAUGGUGUUGAUACAUAUGUUCAGGCAGCAAAAUUAAAAGCUGCAGAUCUCUUUUGCGAAGUGGAUGAUAGCGCCGAGACGUUCAAUGAGCUUCUCUCUCGGCAUAAAAAAGCUCGCUCAGAAGCAUUCGAGCUAUUCGAUAAACGUACAAAUUACUUUAUUGACGAUGAAGGACCGUUGGUGAAAGCAAAAAGAAAAGAGCUUGACAAGAAAAUCGAGGAACAUUUUCUGGCCACAAAACGAGAAGUUGCCUCGAAAUUCUAUCGAACAAGCAGAACGCGACUGGGAAACGAAUUGGUUGGGGUGGUCCGGAAAUCACUCGAAGAUAGUCGCUCCUAUGUGCAAGACCAUCACGAAAUGGAGAGCUUCAUCACGGAGGCACAGGGAAAAGCGAGUCUCCACUUUAUUGGCAAAGUUCGCGAGCUGGUCGAAGAGCUGACAAUGACUUUCGAGUUCCUCGAUUCUCUGCAACUCGAAAAGUAUUUCAACGCCUACAAAAGCGAGCAAAUCGAACGCAUGAUUACGAACGAAAUCGCUUCCUACAAAUUGGGAUGCGAAACGAAAUUCUCGUUGGCUGGCUUAAAAGAGAAACUCAACGAGGUGCAAGAGAAAGGCGUCGGAGAUAAGGACAAAAUGGAGAAGGAAGCCCAGAAAUGGCAACGACAAGCACAGACGAUUUUUGAGAAAAUACAGGGAUUAAGUGCUGAAAACGACCAGCGGGCGAAGAAAAGAGUUGAAGAGAGUGAACAGUUCGACUCGUUACAAGAGACAUUCACAAACAGUGAUAAAAAAUAUGACAAGUUAAAAGCCGAAAAUGAGAGACUGGAAAGGGAGCUAAGAGAGGUGAAAGCGAGCAAUCAACUAUUAAGCAAAGUCGAUUCAUCAGCCGAGCCAUUUGUCAACAAGGCAAAAGAUAAAAAGCGACUGAAUCUGGCGACAAGGCUUGCAGCUAACGAGAUUCUAUUGGGUGGAUCAGCCGAAAAGAUCGCUGAAGAGAUUCGG